AUGCUAAUAAUUGGCUUAAUUGGUUCAUUAUCGAGUGGUAAACAUUUAAUUGCUGAUAUCCUUCAUGAACAAUACGAUUUCGUUAUACUGGAGUACAAAGAUUUUAAGAAGAAGAAAGAUCAUACAGCUAAAGAAUGUCUUUCAAAAGUGAAAGAAACAUGGCCAAAAAAUGUUGUAAUUGUGGGUAUCGAUUCAUUGAAAGCGAUGACCGAAAUUCGUGAUAAUCCUCAAUUUUUCCCAAUUGCUAUUGAGGGACCAUUAAUACUACGAUUUCAGCGUCAAAAACAUCCGAUAAUUCACUCUUUGGAAAUGUUUGUUCAAUUAGAUGAUUAUUUAAUGUUUGGGUUAAGUUCUAACGAACAAUAUAUUGAAAACAUGUUAGAAAAUCUGCACUUAGAUAGUAAAGAUAUAUCACCAUUAAACAAAUGUAUGGACUCUUGUGAUUUACGAUUGAUUAAUGAUACAAACGAUCGAAGGAAUUUGGAAAAGAAAUUAGCAGAUUUAUUAUCAGUCAAUUCAAAAGAUCAACAAUCAACAACGACAAUAAAAUUAUUGUGUCCGAAUUGGGAUCAAUAUUUUUUAAUGUUGGCUUGGAUUACAGCUUCUCAGUUAGUAUCAUAA